CCCGUGCCCUGAGCCUGACAGGCGUUCCCAGCUGCUCCAGCAUGGAGGAGACGGUGCCCUCGGUGGAGGCCUACGAGGCAGCCAUGGUGCUCAGCGGGGUUGGGGACGCCCUGGGCUACCGGGGGGCCCGCUGGGAGUACUGCACCUCGGGCCCCCAGAUCCACAGCGAGCUGGCCGAGCUGGGGGGGCUGGCAGCCAUCAGCCUGGAGCCCCCCGAGUGGCCCGUCAGCGAUGACACCGUCCUGCACCUCGCCACCGCCGAGGGGCUGGCCACAGGCCUGGAGGGGGAACCCCUCCUGCAGGAGCUGGCUCGCCGCUACGUGGCCGCCAUGGGGGACAUGGAGGGACGCAAGCCCGGACCCAGCAGCAUCCUUGGCACCUCCCAGCUGCGGCCGGGGGAGCCCCAGGGCUAUCGCAUCCCCUUCAACCCCCGCGGCACCGGCUGCGGGGCCGCCAUGCGCAGCCUGGCCAUCGGCCUCAGGUACCCACGUGCCUCGGAGCUGCCGACUCUGAUCCGGGUGAGCAUCGAGAGCGGGCGCAUGACCCACCACCACCCCACUGGGUACCUUGGAGCACUGGCGGUGGCCCUCUUUGGGGCACUGGGAGCUCGGGGUGAACCCCCAGAGCGCUGGGGGGCUGAGCUGCUGCGGGUCCUGCCCCUGGCAUGGGACUACGUGGAGAGCACCGGGGUGGCUGUGGAGGACAAUGCUGCUGCCUGGCCAUUCUUUGGGGAGGCGUGGCACCGAUACCUGGACUCCCGCGGGCUGCUGGAAGGUGCUGGCCCAGCGCGGGUGCCACCCCUCCCGUCCCCAGCCGAGCGGGACACCGAGUACCUAGGCUGGGCUCUGGACGGGUGGCCAGGGCGCAGCGGCCACGACGCCCCCAUGGUGGCCCUGGAGGCGCUGCUGGCAGCCGGAGGGAGCUGGGAGGAGCUGUGUGCCAGGGCAGUGCUGCACGGCGGCGACAGCGAUUCCACGGGGACCAUCGCCGCCGGCUGCUGGGGGCUGCUGGGGGGGCUGGCCUCCGUCCCCCCGGGGCUGCACCGCCGCCUCGAGUACCGCAAGCGGCUGCGUGACGCUGCCCACAGGCUGCACACGCUGGCCUGGGGGGCACGCUGAGUGUCCCUGCUCUGUCACCUGCUGUCCCUCUCCACGGAGAGCAUGGCAGUGAACAGGCCUCGAGUGCAGCAGGGACCUGCAGGGUGUGCUGGGGUCCGAGGCAAGCCGCAUCUGGCCACCACAGCCGUGGCCAGCUGGCCUUUUAGUGAUGCCCAGAACCUGCCCAGGGAGCCUCAGUCACCCCCAGAGUAAAAAACAUCUCCCGAGUC